CUGCUGCAGCAGGUGGUGUAAAGCAGCCCAGGUGGCAGCAGCAAUGGCUGGUGCACACACACACACACGCAGAGAGAGAGAGACAGUGGUCAUGCCAUUUUCCAUGUGCCUUGCUGGGGGCGAGUUUGCGCCCCACGAGCAGAGAGAGCAGCUAUUUUGAAAGUGACCCCUCAUUCAGGCAGCGACUCUGCAGCUGUCAGGAACUAUGACUGAAGAUGACGGAUUCUGUUGUCGUGGAGGGAUACGCCAGACUCAGAGAUGGAAAAAAGUGGAAAACUAGGUGGCUCGUUCUUCGCAAGCCGUCGCCUGUAGCAGACUGCCUCGUGCUGCUGGUUUUCAAAGACAAGUCCGACAAAGCGCAGGGCAACAAGGAGAGAGCCUGUGUCACCUUGGAGGAGAUCUGCGGCCUGGAAGCAGGACAGUGGUAUGAGGGAGUGGCUUUCACUCUGGCCAUCCUCUGUCUGAACCAGGCCGCUCUACUGGGUUUCGACAGCAGGGAGGCCUUGCAGGCGUGGGACAUCCGCCUACGGUACAGCCUCGGAGAGGUUCACAGAUUCAGUGUCGGAGUCUUACCAGGGACCAGGUUGGAGACUGGACCUGCAACUCUUCAUUUGUGCAACAACUUACUGGCUCUGGCCCGGGACGUCCCUCCUGUUAUCAUCGGCCACUGGAACCUUCCGGACCUGCGCAGAUAUGGACCCGUACCCAAUGGAUUUGUGUUUGAGGGAGGAACAAGAUGCGGUUACUGGGCUGGUGUUUUUCUGCUCGCAUCUACUGAGAGCGAGCAGAUCAGCUUUCUAUUCGACUGCAUCGUCAGAGGCAUCUCCCCCACCAGAGGCCCUUUUGGACUGCGGCCAGUUUUGCCAGAUCCCAGCACCAGUCAGACCGUUUCGGAGGAGAAGCUGAACCACGAGGCUCAGGAGCUGGAGAAACGGCUCAGCAUGCUCUCUCACAGGAGCAGCACAGCCUCUUCCACAUACUGCCCGUCUGCUGGGGGAGACGACCGCAGCAUUUCCGGCUCCUCCGACACUUCCGACACCAGCCAAUCAGACUGUAGUAUCGGCAGCCGGCUGGCCAUUUGGACCGAACCGGCCUCCGCUCCAUCUGAAAACGUCGCCCACGCGGCCGCCAAAGUGGCACUUCAGAGCAUCGAAAAGCUGUCAGUCAGCCAGGGGGCUGGGAGUCGGCCCGCAGCCAAGCCUCCCCGGCAGCUUCAGGAGAUUGGACGACAGAGUUCAUCUGACAGCGGCAUCGCCACCGGGAGCCAUUCCUCUUACUCUGGAAGUUUCUCCUCCUACACAGGCAGCCUGGAUAUCACCCCAGGGGAGGACUUUGGGUCUGUUUUCAGCCUGCCUCCCCACUUGGCUCAAGAUCUGAGCCCUUGUACUUGCCCCACUGCCCCCGGACAUGAGUACCAGGUGCCGACAUCACUCAGGUAUCUCUAUGACACUCCUAAGAGUGUUUUACAAGAGGGAAAUGUGGGCGACAAAGACAAUGAACCCUCCACACCAACUAAGGACACUUCUGCCUCGUCAGCCCUCACAACAAAGUCAGCAACGGGGGAUAAAAGCAGCGCCACAACUUGUGAGGGUUCCUCAGAAACUACUGAAAGACUGUCAGUGAGUGAACACUCACAGGGACCUUCAGAGGAGAGUAAAAAAAACAAGGUGGUGCCCUCCAGUGAACAUCCUGACUCCUGUCACAUCUGCAGCUCGCUCACUGUCUCCAAAACCAUUGUAACCAUCUGCUCAGUGUGUGGUGGAUUUAAGGGAACAUCGUGCAUCCCUGCAAGUGGUUCAGUGACAGCUGCCAUGCCAGCAGAUCAAAGUGUUGACAAAUCACCAUGCAGACCCAGCACUGCCAGUGAAUACAGUAUGACAGUGAAGAAAAUUCUGGAGAAAUCCCGGGCCUCUCCUGGCUCUGGAAGCAUCCACUGGACGAGUGAGGAUUCUCCGCUGCCAAAAAAAGGAAGAGAGAAAUUAGCCAGUCUCUUAGCUGAUCUGCUAGGCUUUCCAACUGCAGAUAGGCAGCCAGAGGCAAAGAUAAACAGACUGAAUUUGUAUGAGUCAAUGAGCCCUGCUUUUGGAAAUGAGCUCAGACUGGCACCGACUGGUACCUGUGUACCACUACAAGACUCACAGCAAGACAGAAGAGCUGUCAUUUAUGAAAACUGUCUCAAAUGUCUCCGAGAGCACUGCCACCCUCCUCCCCGGGUCAUACCUGCUGAAAUGUACCGCAACAGAAACAUUUCCACUUUGCACUCCUCUCCAUUUGGGCUGCACCUGAAGAAAAGGCAAGAACAUGAAGUAGCUGUUAAUGAGGAACUGCUCCAUCAAGCUCGCAGUGAUGGAUCGCAGAGUGUGGAUGGGCAGUGUCAGUAUGAGGAGAUGAAUGGGCGCUCAGUGACCAGUGAAGACAAAAGACUUAAUAGCAAAGAGGAAAGACGCAGAGCUGAUCCUGCUUAUGAGAUCAUGGAGAGUCGGGCGCCGGAGAGAAACUCCGAGGCAGAAGAAAAAAGCAAGUAUGAGUUAAUGGGAAGCUGUGGUCAGCAGAGGUUCCUUCAAGAAGCUGAGGGGGCAGUGUUCGUUUUCCCCCCUGAGGCAUCACUUCCUGAGAGGCCUUGCAGCGAGGGUGUGACAUAUGUGAAUAUUCCUGUCAGUCCCACAUCCAAGAAGCAGCUCAACUACAUGGAACUCGAGCUGCAGGAGCCAGGUACCAGCACCCGAGGGACUCAGAGGAAGAGUUCCACCAAAUACGCGCAAAUUGACAUCACUGCCACAGAGACAGCCCACAAAGUUGGCACGCAGCAUGCCCUGGGACGGCAGGAGGGCCUGCACACUCUGGAGCUGAGAAGAAAGGGGACGCCACAUUGACUUCUUCAUCACUGAACUGUUGAUCUCAGGAGGAUGUUUCUGCAUAAGACCGGCCCACCACAUCAAACUGUAAAGAAAUAUAGCUUGGAGGGGUUUAUUUAAGUUCUGACUGUUCCAAAAAGAUCCUCUGAGAUUCGCUGUAGGUUUCCUUCUCUGUUCUGUUCCAUCUUUUGAAUGCAGAUUUGUUUUUCUGGAGGUUGCUUCAGCCAGUCAGCAUAUACCCAAAUCCCAGCAAAUGUCAUCUGAGCAGUGUUCAUUUUCUUAGAUUCAGACUUGUUUCUGUAUUCACAAAGCUGUAAGCUGAAAGAUGGAGCCUCCUUGGAACAGCCUGGCACAGAAUCAGGAGCAACAUUUCAAUCUUGGUCUCCUUUGUGGACUCAGGCAUCUCAUUAAAUAGCAUUAUGUCAGCGCCGGAGCCUCAGGCAAACUUGGAGGAAGAUGUGCCAGUCUUGAGUUGAGUCACCGGUCCUGAUAAACCCCCAGAGCAGAGGCAUUUCACAGCUCCCUCGGGCCAUCCCUAAUAACAUUCAGUAUGCUGUUUUUGUCCUUGUUUGGGAGAACAGAGGAAGGGUGGCGGCAAAGGAAUCAGAGAUGCUGUUUAUUCUGACAAGGAGUUCAAACUUAUUUAUUCCUCAGUGAUCAGUAAUUCCACAUAUAGCUGCACAAAACUCUUUUCAGUAUAUUCUGAUGUAGUAAAACCUUCUUAUUCAGUCUUACUCAGAAUGCUGCACAUUUCAGGCUAGUUCACUGUUAAAAGAUCAAUGUUUAUAUAGGUUAGGGCAGGCUAAAUAAUGGCUCUGCAUAAUACUUCCAUUGCGCAUGGCGACUUUUGUUUGCCUGGGUGUAACUAAUGAAUUUGUGUUUAUCAUAUGAACAGAAUCUCAAUGCUGUGUUUUGUUCUGCUUCACAGUUCAUUUAGACUGGGAUUUACUGUGGAAAAAGUCUUCAUAAAUAAUGCAAUACAGAGAGAAAAUCCCAUAAACAACAGAUGUCUCCCAAACCGACUUUCAUUUCAUUUCAAAAUUAAGUAUUUGAAAAGUUUGUUUUUUUUAUGAACUCACUUAAGUGGUUAAAAUCUCAUCCUUUUUAUUAGUAUUCCUUAUUGUGUGAGUGCACCUAGACAUUUUUACUGAAGCUGCAAUUAUAAAAACAUAAUUUGGUUUGUGUUGUGUAGAGCUGCUCAUCUUAGCCAAUAUAUUGUUUUUGUCUCGUACUCUUCAUUUUAUUUUGAUAUCUGUAAAUAGAUUUUCUUUCUAUUUAGGUCACGUGGAUUGUAUAUUGUAAAAUAUACAUGUGAAGACAUAAUGUAUGUACAGUAAAGAUGUAAGGCGCUAUUUUUUCUUGUAAACUAUUUUUCUUGUGAAUUAUUUAUAACAUUAACUACUGCUGUGUGUUCAGGUUUUCUAGAGUCGGAUCCCCCCAUGUACAGUUGUAAACCGGUUUAGUACCAUAAUAUAAUAUAUAAAGUAGCCUUAUAAAUUAUCAUGUUUUCAUUCAACACUGUGGUCGAACAUUUUUUAAUGUAGACUGAUGCACAAUAUGAAGGCAGUUAACACUAAUCACAACAAAAAUAUGUGACAUUUAGUGACUUAUGACUAGUGUGACUUUUAUUAUUUUUAAAUAUCAUCAAAUUAUCUUAAAAAGCUAUUAGAAAUUAAUUAAACAUGCAUUUAACACACUAUAACGCUCAAAGUAAAAAACUGUAAUAAAAAGGUUAUUAUAUUCACCAGUUAAUAACUAUUUCUUAUUUUGCCUUUAAAUUAUGAAUCAAUUGUUAUUCCAUUAAGUGGCUGUCUGAUGUUAGACGCCCUCUGGUGGCUGUAUUAAACAUCUGCAUGUGUUGACUAAAUAUUUAGAAGAAAACAAACGCACAACAACAAUAAAUGUACUUGGUUAUUUU